UGAUCACGCGUUUAGUACAUCCUAUCUAGUUAGCUAGCUUAUUUUCGCCUGUUUUUCUUCUUGGUGAUUCAUUAUGUUCAGUGUUGAAAGUUUCGUUGAUAAUCCAUCAGCCGAAGCGCUGGUCGGUCUCACUAAAGCCCAGUGGAGUGAGUUAGCCGCUCACUAUUGCAUCCCUAUUCGGUCAUCCUUGCGGAAGGAUGAAAUUCGUACAUUAGUGACUGACUAUUUGUUAGAACACAAUGUACUGAGUGCGGAUGAUUUAGAGCUCUUGUGUCCUCGUGAUGUCACGAUGGCCCGCCAGUAUGACCUGGAGAGCCGUAAAUUAGACUUGGAGAUGUUUAAGGCAGAGAAUGAGCGGAUGCGUCUCAUGCAGAGACCCAAUCAGGAACGUUAUCCUCAUUUUCGUGUAGAGGAUGCAAUCAAAUUUGUUCCUAAAUUCAAUGAAACCGAACCAGAGUAUUUUUUAAUUCAUUUUGAACGUGUUGCUGCCUUGCAUGGUUGGCCCGAAGAUAAGUGGGUAUUACUUGUACAUAGCGCAUUUGUUGGCAGAGCACAAGAGGUUUUCUCAGCUCUGGAUUUGGUACAAUCACAGAAUUAUUAUGUUGUAAAAGAGGCUGUGUUAAAUGUUUAUAAAAAGGUACCAGAGGCUUAUAGACAAGAUUUUCGAAAUUGUCGUAAAGAUGGUAAACAAACUUUUGUUGAAUUUAUCCGCCAGAAGCAACUAUUGUGUAAAAAGUGGGUCGAGAGUGAACUUGAUGCACUCGAGUACGAUAAAUUAUUAGAACUCUUUAUACUCGAAGAUAUAAAGAAGUGCAUGCCUGUAAAGGUUCGCUCUCACAUUGACGAGCGUGGUCUGCGCACAUUAGCCGAGGUCGGUAGUGCCGCCGAUCAUUUCGCUCUCACUAAUCCUAACUACUAUUGCAGAUCUAAUGAACCUUCAUUCCCGUCAAACCAGCAUAAUAGUAAGAGGAUGGAGUAUAGUACCAGGAGGACUGACCUGCCAGAUACCCACAGGACUGUAAAUGCAAAGUCGUCAGAAACAGGUGGUGAGAGUAGGAAUAUUGCCUCUCGCGGAUUUAUUAGUGCUGAUGAAUCGUGCACGUCUUCUUCCCCAGUCACUAUACUACGGGACUCGGCUGCAGAUAUAUCAUUGGUGCUCAAAGAGGCUGUUCCUAACCCUGAUUGUUACACUGGAGACAUGGUAAUUAUCAAUGGAUUGAUAGGGUCCAAGAGCAUACCCAUUUGUGAAGUUUACCUCAAAUCUGAUUUAAUAUCCGGUUAUGUAAGGUUAGGUGUUGUUGAUAGGAUACCAAGUGAUGGCAUUUCAUUUCUUAUGGGUAAUGAUCUCGUUGGUGAUAAGGUGUGGCCUUGCCCUGUGGUUUCACUUUUUCCCGCGAAAGAAAACAACACUGUAGAUUUAGAGAGGGAGUAUCCCGACCUCUUCCCUGCGUGUGCUGUCACCCGGAGUGCAAGUCGUAGAACCUCCCCUCCUAUCGAAGCGCUUACAACCGGUACUACAUUGUCAGAUGAGAGCCCUUGUGAUGUAAUUACUGAGGAAUUUACUCUAGCUGAUUUUUUCGAUUCCUCUGCUAAAGUUUCAAGUAAAUGUACAUCUGAUAAUUCUGAUAUAGUGAAUUUCAAAGGCACUCCAGUUACUAAAGAAACUAAUUGAAGAACAAACUAAAGAUCCCGAUUUGAAAGUAUUUUAUGAUAGGCUUACCGAAAUAAGUGAACUUGAAAAUUCCCAUACGUGCUACUAUCUCCAGUCAGGCGUUCUUAUGCGUAAAUAU